AGAAAGAGCAGGAGUUUCUUAAAGGGACAGAGCCCAAAUUUCAAGUCAAAUUUCUUUUGAGUCAUAUUUGAUAUAUGUAGCAUUUUUAUAACAACUGAAGGUAACAUAGUUAGUUGACUGUGCUGUAAAAUGAUACACUGACUGGAAAAUACGCAGUACUGCCCCAUUAAGUAUGUUUUGUUGUCCAAAGUUGUCAAUAUUUCAACCAAAAAACUACAAGCUAUAGUCACAUAAUUCUAAUUUUAAAUUAAUUGCUCCUUCUUACAGUUCAGAAUUUUAAUGUCCUAUGUUAGAAUAGGAUAUCUGUAUUGUGGUAAUUUGCUCCAGAAACUGAAAUAAAUCAAAUAGGGAAGUUAUUAAACACAAACGUUGCUCAGUAUUGGUCAGCAAAUGGGUUUUUAAAAUAUGGAACGGGAUCCAAAAUUAGUCCAAAAUGUUCAUUUGAAAUGUUUCCUAAACUUCCAAAAUAUUCUUCACUUCUUUCAUGCGCUCACAUGAAACUUGGAGGAUUGUGUCCAGGAAAAUCUACAUAAAUAAAAUCCAGCAUAUCCAAAGGUGUUGGAACUAAUUUUAUUGUCUAAUUUCAGUUCGUUUUGUUAGAUUCUCUUGAAGGGAAGUUUCUACAAAUCAGAGUGACGCCUCCUGCCUCCAGAUUCUGAUUCCCUUCCGUAACGAGUGAGUGUGUUAAAACAUUCACCGUGGCAACAAGAUCCCCAAUAAAUUGGGAUAAAAACAUUCAUUCUGCGCCCGAAUCUUCUUGUUCUGCAGUUCCCGUUUGGCUCGCCGCCCCCUCCCCUCGGUAUCUCUGCUCCCUCCAUUUAUCUCCGCCUGCCUUCUGUUUUCUGCUUGUGUUGUGGCUGAAAAAGCAACAUCAAGCGGCAGCAGCAAACAGAGAACGCAGCCAUCAGGCCUGGAUGAUGGUAAUUACUUCCAGCUCCCCCUUUCAGGGCAGGAUAAACAGAGGACAACGUGCCGCGCUCAGAUAAACGCCGGCGAAACAAAACGGCCGAGCGAUGGAUGUAAUUGGUCGAAAAUGUACGAAAUUACCAGAACGCCCCGAAAAUGUUGACAUUUGUAUCAGGAAAGCCCAAACAGCCUUUUAUAUAUAUAUAUAUAUAUAUAUAUAUAUAUGACUGUCCUGGAAAUUAGAGAGAUUAAAACAACUUUUUAAAAUAACCGAAUGAAACAGACGGAUUAUUAGAGGACAGAAAAACAAAUGCAGAGCAAUUUAUUUUGUGAUUCAAUAGAAAUUUUGAUGCCUUGACGUCCGCGUCCUGCAGCAAACCAACACACUUCUCACAGGUAGAGAGCAAAGCCUGUUUGAUUUCUACACCGUCUCUCCAAUGUUAAUGCACCAUUGUUGUAGAAGAAUCUCAAACUAUAAGACAUAAAGCAAGAUUUGUGACAAACGUUUGUGCGGCCAAAUCUUUUUUUUGUUUGUGCCGCUGUCAUUUCAAAGAUAUUAGUAAAUGUUUUUGGGAGGUCAUCAAAGGUCAGCCAGACCACGAACGUCUUCAAAUUACAAAAACUUGGUGUCAAGUGUUAUUGCGGCACAAAUUUCCAUUUGCGCCGCUAUCAUUUAAAAGAUAUUCAUACAUGUUUCCAAAGUUCACCAGAAGUUAACCAGAGGUCAACUGGACCUCUUUUCCUCCCCAACCACACUUUCAAAAAAAAUCAUGCAAAUCAACUUUGCUACAAAUACUUUAGAUGCACAAAGCAGCACAAACAUAACACAAAUAAUUUAAAUACAUUUUGUGUAAUUUUGCUAAUUCCUCUGGUGACCUCUGAGAUCUACAUUGGUUUUUUUUUAACUUAAAAAUUCUAACUGCACAAACAAAAAUUUGUGCUGCACAAAUGUAGCAGAGUUCACUGACACCACGUUUCGUUAACGUGGCGGGGCCGGUUGACCUUUGGCGACCUCUGGAAACAUUGGUCAAUGAAUUUAAAAUGACAGCGGCACAAACGAAAAUUUGUGCUGCACAAAACGUUUGACAUAACUUUGGUUUCAUUGGAAGACGUUUGAGCAGGGGGUAACCUCAUCACAGUGUUAACAAAGUAGCUAUAAAAAAAACUUUUAACCACUUAAAAACCUACAACUCAGAUAUGUCCGUUUUUAAAACGCCGUAAAGCAAAAAGGUUCAAAUCCCUCAUUUUAUGGAGUUUGCAUUGUCUCCGUGUACAUGGGUGGGAUCACUCUGGGCGCUCUGGCUUCUUCCUGCAGUUUGAAAACAAGCAUACUUGGUUAAAUGACCAGGUCAGUAGUGAAUGUGUGCAAGCAUGUGUGUCUUCCCUCUAAUGGACUAUCGACCUGUCUAGCCUCUCGCCCACUGGACCCUGGAGAGAGCGCCGCUGUGGCCGUUCGAGGAUUAAGAGGCCACAAACAACGGAUGAACACAGGUUUUCGAAAAACAAAUAUAGACGGUAUAAAUUCAAAGCGGUGUUUUUAAAGAGUUGAAUGUAGAAUUUUUCCACUCAGAUCGACCUGGUUUAACAUUAAGAGUGAGAGCUGAACAAAUCCAGUCGCAAUUAUGGAAACGGUGAAGUAGCUCUUAUUAGAAAUGCUUACAGUAAUAGGAAUCUUUAUACUGGGCGGUAUUGUAUGUUUUUCAGACACAUAGUCAAUUGUUGUUCAAUUGUUCUGAAAAUGCAGUAAAAAUAUCAAAUAUGAAUUAAAACGUGUCAGGCCACUGUCCCAAUUUCAAAGACAGAGAGGCCCUUGAAAUUGGCCCUCUGUUUCUUUAAAAACCUCUGCUCUUUCUAAAACUCCACCAGGAAGUCAUCACAACAUGGCUUCCACUGUUAACCCUUUAACAACGUUUUUACCAGCUGAGAAGGAGCUUGUACAAUGAGCUCAGCUAAUGCGCAGUUCCGCCAGGUGUUUGCUAAUUGCUGCAGGCUAGUCUGAAGGAGCUGAGUGGAGGAGUCAGUGGGGGUGGGAGGGCUGCUCUGUGAGGUAGAAGCUUCGAAGCAUGAAUAGCCACAUUGUCUUGCAGUACUUACAACCAGUAGUAAACUCCUUUGGGGCAAAAUGACUUGAUGUUUUUGUUGCUUGUUUUUUUUUUGUCACUUUAGUAGAGUGAAUUAAAAAUUUAGCUUGGUGUGAUUUUUAUUGUGUUUUUUUUGUUUGUUUGUUUUAUUUUGCAGCUGCUAUGCCGCCCCCUGCACUAUGGCACCCACAGUAGCUCCUAGCUUUCCAUCCAGAGAGCCCAGAAGUCGGUUUGAAGGCAGUUCUACGAUUAAACCCAACCAGAGAGCUGAAAGAUUAAGGACAAAGGGCAGGAAGAGGAGUUUUUCUCCUUUACCUCGAUAAGAUCAAACACACAGAGGGACCAACUGCAGGAUUUUAUCUCUGCAGACACUCAGCUUUUCUGAAAGACUUCAGACUCGACUUGGACUCUUGCUCCAAACACUUACAGUCUCAUGGUUUACAACUCAAAUCUUAUUGAAAAUCUCUCUCCCAUGUAGUCAGGGGUAGGAGCAGUGUGUAAGCUACCGGCCACGGCUCUGACAUGUGAGUACUAGUUCCACUGGCAGAUUAAUUUACUUAUAAUAGGGAAAAUGUCUGGCCAUAACUGAAAAUCCUAUUUAUAGUUUUCCAGACAAUAGAAACACACAAAAUCACGCACAAAUUACUAAAGUUUUUUUUUGUACUGUUGUAACCUUUAAACAAUCUCCUCUUCAGUUCAGUUAUAUAAGUUAAGACACUUUGUUGAUGUUAACAUUAUAAAAUUACUUACAAUGAAGUUUUGGCAAAGAUCAAUGUAAUUUUCACAGCGUUGUUGUUAGCAGCUGCUGAACGUAACUAAAAACGUUACUUUUAAUGUAAGUUAGUUACUUUCCGAAUCAAGUAAUCUAAGUUACUUUUUCAAGGAGUAAUCAGUCAUCCAAUUAAAGUUACUUUUUCAAAGUAACUACGCCAUCACUGGACAGCAUUGCGGUGUUGAAGGUGGAGUAGAGAGCUAGAAUUUUAACAGACAUCAGAGAUUUAAGACUUGACUUGGAAUUGGGGCAAAAGACUUGAUUUGAGACUUGACUUUAGAAAAAUCAAUUGUGAAACAUCAUCUAAUUGCUUUCUUUAAAGGGCCAGUGUUACGUAAUUAUGACUCUUUUGAACUUCCCAUCAUGUGAUGGUGUUAUUCCCUCAUCAAAAACCUGCAGUGUUGCCUUGAUUCUUUCAUGCGUGUUUGAGAAAUCCUUUGAUUUUCAUGGCAGCCAUUCAGCUUUCCAAGCCCUCCUCCUCUGCGAUUCCUCCACUCAGCUCCUUCAGACUAGUCAGCAGCAAUUAGCAAACAUCUGUUGGAGCUGCCAAUCUGCUGAGCUCAACAGGCUAAUGUGGCUAACCCUUUAAUGUGAACAACUUUAACCUUUUGACGUGAUGACAUGUUGUGAUGACUUCCUGGAGGCGGAGUUCAAGAAAGAGCAGGAGUUUCUAAAAGAGACAGAGGCCCAAUUCCAAGGAGUUAAAUUACAAAGUCAAAUUUGUUUUAAGUCUUGUUUGAUAUUUACAGCAAUUUCAUAGCUGUAAAAUUAUGAAAUUUGAGUUAAUCAUAGUUAAUUGAUUGUGUCAAUUAACACAAUCAAUUUGGGGGCUUUAUCAGCAGAGGAGCAAUCAAUUAACUGUGUUAAUUGAUUGUGUCAUGAAAUUACUCUAUGUGACUGGAAAAUACAUAAUACUGCCCCUUUAAAGAUAUUGGCAGAUGAACUGAUAGGAACAUGAAACUAACCCUGGUGGGAAGUGCAUGCUUCGUGCUUUUUGAUCUGUUUCCUAAAGAGUUGCCCCGCCACCUGUCCUCUGGCUAAUCCAGUUUUCUCUAACAUGCAGCACCACCCGGCCGCCUUCCAAAUCCUCACUAAACGGUCAUCUGGUGACCUAAAUUACUCCUGGAGAGGUGGCGGCCUCGCGACGCGGUCCUUGCGCACCUUGGGCGGCGUUCACGCUGAAAUCUUGAGCUUUCCACAGGGAGACGUCGCCAUGCCGACAGUGAAGAGCAAGAAGAAGAAAGCGAAGAAGGAGGUGAUGGAGGCAGAGGAGCAGGGCGAAGUGGGGCAGGAGGUGGAGAUGGAGGACAGGAGUAACUCCGACAGCAGAGACCAUCUGACCCCGGAUCUGCAUGACGCAGCGCCGCACAAGAAGAAGAAGAAGAAAAAGGCGUCAACUAUUGAUCAGGAAACAGAACACGGGGAUGUACCAAACGGCAACACGGCCGAGGCGGUCGGGGAAGGAGAGGAGAUGACUGUCGGCGUCACCAGGAAGACAAAACGGAAGAAGAAGGUGAAGGCGACAGAGCACUACAGCAACGAUCUGGAAGCUGAAGACGAGGACAUCGUCACCGACGCUCAGUCUCCCAUUCCCCAGCAUUCCCUGUUCUCCGCCCCGCACGGACACAGCCAGCCGGUCGGCAAAGUUUUUGUGGAGAGGAACCGGCGUUUCCAGGCCGACCGAGUGGAGCAGCUCAGGCACUCGGAGCUGACUGAGGACUACAUGGACCCCAGGCAGAUCUGGACCACAAGGGACGUCUCUCUGAAGGUUCACAACAGCUUCAGGGCGGUCGGUCUGUUCUCUCAUGGGUUCCUGGCUGGCUACGCGGUGUGGAACAUCAUCGUCGUGUACGUGUUGGCCGGCGAGCAGAUGACCACGCUGCACAACCUGCUGCAGCAGUACCACCCUCUGGCCUACCCGGCUCAGUCUCUGCUCUACCUGCUGUUGGCCGUCAGCACCGUGUCCGCAUUCGACAGGGUCAACCUGGCCAAGACGUCUAUGGCCUUGAGAGGCUUCCUCACUCUGGACCCGGUGGCCGUGGCUUCCUUCCUGUAUUUCAUAGCCCUGAUACUGUCCCUCAGCCAGCAGAUGACCAGCGACCGCAUCAACCUUUAUCCUACGGCCAAUGAGACUCUGUGGCCUCCAGGCUCCGAGCAGCAGAUCUUGCGGCCGUGGAUCGUGGUCAACCUGGUGGUGGCGCUGUUGGUGGGCGUGGCAUGGGCCGUCGUGUCCACGCGGCCAGACAUCGACUACACAGAAGAAUUUUUGAUGACGAUGGAGGUGGAGGGUUUCCCUAGAGGAGAUGAAAACCUGGACAUCCCUGCCUAAAACCAGACGCGUUGAAUAUAUGUCAGCCCGUGUACUAGACUCAAAAUUGAAUGGUUAUUUGAUGUAUGAUUUUGUACAAGUAAAUAUGUAUUAUUUGUUUGCUAAAUGUCAUUUUGUAAAUAAAUAAAUGUGUUUAUGUACAGUAA